GUAACACCACCAUCUUCCUAUUUGAGUAUCAGCUGAUGGAUAUUUGUAAACUGGCUUUCGGCCAUAACUAGUAAGUAAUAUUAACAAUUUGAAGCGAAUCUGGAAGAUCUAGUGAAGAUUGGUGCAAUAUUAUAUAUUUCGCAAACGAUAUUGUUCAACUGCCUGCACGGGUCCUGAGAACAUAUUCGAUUGAAACCUACGGUACUCGGUAGGCCUGGACUGAGGACGGUGGCUCGUGGCUGGUCCAGGCUGGACCUCAGGCUCAGGACCGCUACGACCUACGAGCACUUAGCAAUGUUUUGAAAGUAGGUACCUGCCCUGGAGACUGGAGUCUGAACGGACUGAACCGUCUGAUUACUCUUGUGACACUUGACAGUGACGUGAAAGAUUGCAGACACCUUGUUGAACUUGCUGUGCUACUUUCACAAUGCUCUCUCAAUACCUACAGGAGUUGGAACAAAACCCUUUUAAUGCAGAAGAAUUUGUGGAACGUCUAGCAUGGCGAUCAACAUCUGGCAGCGGUGCCAACAAGUCUGCCUCCUCAGGCUCUUUCCAGCCAGAAUUACUGGAGAUGACCUUCACUCAAGCUAUCAAAGAUCUGGAGGUCCUGGGUGAGCGGAUGGAGCGGAAAUGUCAGAAGCUGGAGGAAGCCGUUGGGGAGGAGGAGCGACAGCAUUGGCGGAAUGUGGCCAGGCUCCUGGAUGCCAAUCUGGUGGCGUUCAGCCAGUUCCAGCAGCUGGAUGGUCAGAUGAAUAGAGUAGCAGCUCGAGUGGUUCACCUGGGGGACCAGCUGGAGGCGGUAAACACCCCCAGGGCGCGGGCUGCUGAGGCAUACACUCUCAUGAUGCACUUCGCCCACUACCUCACGCCUCCCGCGUCCCCCUCAGAAGGGGAAGAUGAUGUGGCUGUUAGAGGCCUUAAAGACAUGGGAGGCACGGACAGUCCUGUCCUUGGAGAGACGCCCCAGCAGAUUUCAGAAUCUGCUGACGUCAUCCAGAAGCUGUACCUCAUAUCUCAGGAGCUUCCUGCUGGGAUGUGUUCACGGACAUUGUGCCACUGUGUGCAGGUGGUGAUGAGGGAUGUGUUCGCGGACAUUGUGCCGCUGUGUAGGCGAGCUCAGGACCUAAUACAGAAGGUGUUCGCCGCUCCUGACGAAGUUAUGACCAAGUUCGUCAUCAAUAUUUACCAAGGCCAACUUAAGGAGUUCAUCCAGAGUCGCCUGUCCCCCGGGGGGACGGUUGCCAGCUAUGGGGAGGCCUACUUCACGAGCCUCUACGACCUGUACACCAAGACCCAGGCCUUGUCCCAGCAACUGCAUUCCUUCAGCUUGGACCAGACACUCCUGCCCCAGCUUACUAAAGCCAUCUUCCAAGCACAUCUCCAGACCUACAUCAGUUGCGAGCUGCGGUUCCUGAAGGAGCGUUUUGCUGCGAUCAGCCAGCGCUUCUACCUCACGCGCGGCCACAAGAAGAUGCAGCCCAGCUCGGGGAUGAAGGAGAUGAGGAUGCACCUGCAGGACGUACUGGGGGGGCACGGCGCCCCCGAGGAGCUGCAGGGGGAGACGCUGCUGGCGGAGGAGGUGGCGCUGUCCAUGCUGCACGACACCAAGACCGCCCUACUGCGCUGUGCCACGCUGUCGUCGAGUAACGCCCUUGCCAGCAACGCGGUGCAGAUAUAUAACGUCUUGACCAGCGCUCUCAUCAACGACUACGUCUGCUACGCCAUCGACGUGGGUGUGGAAGGCAUCCCCACGGGGGAUGUGAAGAGCCCUCCCCACCUCACCUUCCUGACGGUGGUGCAACAGACGAGCUCCGUGCUGCACCUUCUGCACAAGCUUCUGCACGACAGCCUCCUGCCUCUCGUCAUCUCGUCAGCGGAGCACAGCGGUGUGCUGCAGAGGAAGCGGCAGAUGGUGGAGCGAGUACAGCAGCGGCUCUCAGCUGGUCUUGAGAAACUCAUCACUGCCAUCUGCCAACACGUACGCUACCUCCUGCACCAGCUGCAGCGACGCACAGACUUCAAGCCUGAACACGACAAUCUUAGCGUCGCUGGCUGCACGGGGGCUUGCGUGGCGGUGGUGCGGUGGCUGACGACGGCGACGCAGGAGGUCGAGCGCUGCCUUGACGGCAACAACCUGGAGCUGUUCCGCCUCGAGCUCGGGACCCGCCUUCACCGCACCAUACUGGACCACCUCCUCCGUCAGGAGUACAACACUGCAGGCGCGAUGUGCGUGAUCUGCGACGUGAACGAGUACCGUAAAGUGGUGCAGGCGUGGCGGUUGCCGCUGCUAACAUCGCUCUUCGACACGCUGCACACGCUCUGCAAGCUCCUGCAGGUGUCGCCGCAGAACCUGCAGCUCGUCUGCUCCGGAGACCAGCUUGCUGGACUCGACAGAACCGUGCUGGCUAACUUCAUCCAACUGCGCGCCGAUUACAAAACCGCCAAACUUGGCGCGCACUUCAAGUGAGGCGACAACGAGCGGCCGUCUUCUGUGUCGUGUAGACCGACGGUCACCGCGUCGAGGCCAGAUGUAGAAGACGACCAUUGAUGAAUGAAAUAUAUCUUCAUAAGUAUGAUCAAAGUGCUUAUCUGGAGGUGUUGAUGAAAUUUGGUAUGUACAGUCCAAAGUGAAUUUUAUUUAUUUAUACUAUUACAGUUCAUAAUUUUUGAGUUAUA